AUGCUGACGCUGCAGCUUCCGCCCCGCGACAGCACUGUCGAUUUCACUUCGCACGGAUACGAAAUUAUAGCCUUUGUUGGGCGCGGCCAGUUCGGUGUUGCAUAUAAAGUCCGUCGGCUCUCAGACUCGAGCGAAUGGCUGGCGAAGCAAAUCGACUUGAGCUGCCUCGAUGAGAGGGACAGGAAACUCAGCCUGCAGGAGGCGGAGUUAAUGAAGCGCCUGCGCCACCCCUCAGUGGUUCGUUGCGUGGAGUCCUUUGUGAUACUGAAUACAUUCCUAGUGAUAGUGAUGGAAUACUGUUCGGGAGGGGACCUGACCUCGUUUAUAGAGCAAAGACGAGCACCCCCUAGCAGCCCCAGAGAGCCCCACAACAGCGGUAGAAACGGAGGUAGCGGCAGCUCCUCCCUGUCCAGCCAAGAAAAGCCGCAGCUGCUGGAAGAGCAGCAAAUCCUAGAGUGGCUGCUGCAGCUGCUGCGGGGGCUUAAAUACGUGCAUUCGCAGAGAGUGCUUCACAGAGACCUGAAACCCAGCAACAUUUUACUCUCUCCUGCAGCGGAGGCGGAGUCGCCGCAGGCCCAUAGAAACUGUGGCGCAGGCGGGCCCCAGCAAGAUGGGUACCCUGAAAGUGGAUGCUUUUCUGCUGGCGCUGUGGACCCUGUAGGCUCUAAGUGUUCUAUCUGCCCCGAAGGCAGCGGCUUGUCUUUGAAAAUUGGGGACUUUGGCAUUAGUAAGGUGAUGUCAGCCACUCUAGGAGUGGCGAAGACAGCUGUGGGUACUCCCCAAUACAUGUCACCAGAAAUGCUGGAGUCUCGCCCGUACACUAUAAAAAGUGAUGUUUGGGCCUUGGGCUGCGUUUUGUACGAGUUGUGCACUUACCGCAAUGCCUUCUCUGCGGACUCCUUCAUUUCGCUAGUCUGGACCAUUGCUUUUGCCCCCGUUGAACCCAUUAGUAGUAUCUACACGCCCCACCUUUCUCGCCUUCUAUUCUCAAUGCUCGAGAAGGACCCCGCAAGACGCCCUACUCCCACACACCUACUGAGGGACCCGUUUCUGCAGGCGUUCGUACGCAGGCGCAGACAGGCGCCGGCCCUGAUUCUGCCGCUGCAGCCGGAGGCUGAGCAGCAACAGCAGCAGCGCCAGCAGCGACAACAGAGGGAACACCACCAGCAGCACAUGCACAUCGAAGAAGAAUCUGUUGAUUUGGGAUUAACUUCAGGCUCAGAAAUGCUCGGAGGAGACGAGGUUUUAGAAGAUCGUCAGCAGCAGGGACGACAGCAGCAGGACGAGCAGGAGAGGGCGCAGCAGCAGGUGCAGCAGCGAGGAGAGAAGCCUAGGACGCGAAGAGAGGCAAGAGCUCCAUCCUUUGCUGUCUUCACUGACGAGUACCUCCAAAUUAUCUUUGGCAGAAUCACAGAACGGCUAGCCGACCGGUCAUCUGCCUUGUUUAUUCUGUGGCGGGCGUGGCAGCAAACAGAGCAAGGACCUACCGAAACCCUUUCCGACUCUGUGGAUAAGGACAUGAGUGUGCUUGGUGCCGCUUCGCAGUUUCGCACUGCGGAUCCCCCUAGCGCUUCUGACAAUGACAUGCAACAGCGUACAGGGAAAGCUAUACAGAGUUCUGCUCUUGAGGAGAGGGUGCUGACAGAAGCAGAAGAAGUUGCUCUUCUCGAGAGGACUUUGACCAUGGCUUGGUUGGAGGCCUUCGUGGACUUGGCAGAGGCGCACGUCUCUCAAGUUGAAGUGGGCAUUGCUCUCCAGCAGAUUCAAACUCAGUGCCUCUCUCCAGUGUUGACUGCGGGCUACUUCUUCGGCCGUCUGAUGCACGAGAGGCAUGCCGCUUAUGAGGAGUCUCUUUGCUGGGCCAUCGAAGUGGUGGAUUCGGCAACAGCUCCAGGGGAUUCCCCGAAGCAGCAGCAAGGAGGGAGAGGCGCGCCAGCAGCGUCGCCUCGAGGAGUGGGGAGUGAGGCCCUGGGAGCGGCCUUUGCUCUUUUUGACACUCAGAAAUCUCAAGUCAUCAGCCGGCAGCAUUUCCGCACGGUGUUGCAUGUGUGUUUGCCUUCUUUGUCGUCCCUGCUGCUGGACAAAGCCUACCAGCUGACGCCUAAGGACAAGGCGGGCAACGUGAGGUUCAACAUGUGGCUGAAGCGGCUUUCGGUUGCGAAACAACGAUCAAACAUUGCGGCAGCAGAUUCAGGCUCUGCUGCUGCUCCUCCUCCUCCUUCUCCUGCUCCUCCAGCUGCUGUUCCUAGCAGCUUUUUUCCUGCAGUUGAACGCAAAAGGAAUGCGGCUGAUGAUGCUGCGGGUGAUCAGCUGCAUACAGGACUCACAAACACGGGAAUCAACCCUGUUGCAGAGUCGCCUUCAGCAACGAAACUGAGCAGCGUAACAAGGGCAGCGGCCGCAACAGAAGCAACAACCGCGGAGAUACCUCAAAAACAUGCAGUCCUCCCAGUGGAACGAUGCAACCUGCAUGCAUCUUCAUCAAUAGCAGAAACAACAGACAGAGCAGAGGCACACGCGGCAGCAGCGCCCACAGCAGGAUUAAAUGUAGCAACAGCAGAAGCAGUGCAGCAGCAACAACGUGACUUCAGUUCUCCUCCGGCACUUGAUUCUGUUUUCACCCGUGCCAGCCGGCCCAACGAGUCGCACCAGCAGUACAGGGAAGAGGGCCAGAAGGACCAUCAGCAGCAGCACCAGCAGGUGUCCCAACAGCAGCAAGAGCCACACCAAGAAGAAGAAAGAAGGCAACCGCUCCAGUUUCCCGCUAAUCCGCAACCGAAAGAAAGCGAAACCAGCCAGCAUCCCAGUUCCCCAGGCGAUAGCAGCAGCAGAGGCGGCAGCAGCAACAGAAGCAGUUCAAGCAAAACAAGCAACAGUUCCUGCCUGGACAGUUCAUGGCUUGACACGAGACCUGACCAAUCGUAUUAUCAAAAAGGCAACAGCAACAGCAACAGUCGGCGGAGUAGCAGAGAAUGGCAGCAGCAAAAGGGACAGAGCACUCUAGUGACCUGCUGUCCCACUUCUUCAACGCCAUCUGUGGCCAACUCUCCUGAAGCCGUCAGCCCCAGCAGCUGCCUUUUUCGUCGUCCAUCUGUGCCCCUGUAUACGUUCCUAGCAGCUCAGUCUAGCGGCAAAAACAGCGACAACAGCAGGAGCAGCAGCAGCAGGGUGUCUGCAAUGGAUGUAUUGGUGCAUUCAGUAGAUUCAUCUUUGCAGCAUCCACAACAGGCACACAAUAAUCCGCGCCAGCAGCAUCCCCAGCAGUUGCAGUACCACAGCCCGCUGCAGCAGGGCCUGCUUCUACCUGAGCAGCAAAGAGCUGUUAAUCAGCACAAACUGAGCCGCGAGCAUCUGGAGCCGCCAGCACUUGAUGCUUCUGCAGAAGCAAGUCCUGCUUCUUCUGCUGCUGACUGCUGCUCCUUUGUUCUGCGGCUUCCUUCAGAGUCACCGUUGGCUGCUGGUGAGGUUUCGGUUGUAUCCACUGUUCCGAUGUUCGGUUGUGCAUGCAUUCCAGAAGCAGCAGCUGAAGCACGGACCUGCUUUCAAACUGGCGGUGAGGCAAACUAUGAGCAACAGGAGCAGCAGCAAGACACGGCGGCGCUGCCACUCAAAUGGAAACCCGGUGCAUCAGAAGAGGAGUCAAGGGGGGAUCUUUGCAGCGCCUUGCAGCAGGCUGAAAAGCCUUUUGCUCCCGCUGCAGCUAGUAUUUUCGGUGAUGACGAGUCUGCUGCUUGCCAGUUCCUCCAAAUUGGAUCUGUCGACACACCUCAGACAACGGGUGCAUCCUUACGUACUCCUCCUGCAGGCGCAGCAGGUAGUGUUACUCCUGCAGUUUGUGUUUCUACUGCUGAUGCAAACUCCGUUGUCCCUGGAGCCCAAUGCUCCAUUGCAGCUUGUUCACGUGGAGCCCAGGACAAGCAGGUGGAGCAACAAGAACAACUGCAGCGACAGCAGCGGCAGCAGCGGCAGCAGCACCAACAGCAGCAAGAGCAGCAAGAGCAGCAGCAACAGCAGCAGUGGGCACUGGGCUUUCAGGCCGAUCCCAAUAUUCGCCAGUCCGAAGGGCUGCUGCCAUCCAGAUGGGGACGCAGUGGCAGCACUUGCUGUCUCCGCAGACGCCGGCGCAGCAGCAGUAGCAGUAGUUCCACCGAAAUAUGCCACAGGAGGAGCAGCAGCAGCAGCAAUGAAAAACACUACUGCAUGGAAACUGGUAGCCAGAUGGAGAAGUGCAGCACAGAUUUUCAGGCUUUUGAAGUUAAAAUGAGCCCGUCAAAAGCUUUCAACAAGCAGCAGCAGCAGCAAGACGCACAACCCUGGCAGUCGCUUCUGCAGGAGCAGCAUCAACAGAAACAGCACCAUCAGCAACAACAGAUGCAAAGGCACAUGCAGCAAAUGCAGCAGGCGCAUCAGAUGCAGCAACAGAUGCAGCAGCAUAUGCAGCAGCAUAUGCAGCAGCAAAAUGAAAGACAGCACUCCCAGCCACCUGAGCUGCAGACUGAGCAAGCCGCCGUCUCCCCUGUUACUGCCGCAGCUGAGGCUGCAUUCUGUUGCAGCUAUAGGAAAAGUGGAAGCUGCUGCGGCAGCAGGAAGGUAGUUCCUGCUAGUUGCUGCAGCAGGGGCCACAUUGACCCACGUCAGGUAGGCGGGACACUGAAGGAGGAGCUGCAGCUUCUGCAUCAACUUCAGCAGCAUGACCACACCCGUGGGGAUGAUGUAGUCUUUGCUUGCACGCCUACCUUGUGUCCCUCUCACAGAGGUCAGCAGCAGCACCAAAAGCAGCAGCAGCUCAUCAGACUGCACCAGGCACUACUGCAGCAGAAGCUGAAACACCCUAUGCAUCAUCCCAUGUGUGGAGCCGAGACAGCCGAAAGCACUCCGCUUUGUCUGGGUGCUGCUGCAAGAGCAGCUAAUUCAGCAGAUGGGCAGCAACUGCAGCAUACUGAGGGAUGGAGCUGUUGCUGCAGCACAACAGCCAGUAGCGGAGCGAGAGGCAGAGCGUCCACACCUCCUAGUGCUUGCAACAAAGCCCCAAACUUUUCUUCACCUCAGAUGGCAUGCUGUUCCCCACAGGUCGUCUGGAUGUGCAGCAACAGCAGCAGCAGCAGCAGCAGCUGCCUCUGCGGCCAAGGAGGUCUCAGGUGCCUCCCUCAACAACGGUACACCCCCUUGUCGCCAUUGCUCGAGGGGACCGAAAAGUUUGCCACAGCAGAAGAAACACGACUAGCGACAGCUGCUGCUACUGUCGCCGAGCUUCCACUGAUGCAACGGUUGCUGCAGCAGCUGCAGGCAGAAAGUGUUGCUUGCUGCAGCGCAGCAAUGGACUUAGGGGAAGACCCUUUACUCUGGAGUCAAGAAACUCAGGCGGCCACUCGCGCUGCCCUCACAUCACUUUCAGCAGCAGCAUGUACUGCUGGGGCAGCAAAUUCAGCACGAUCUGAGACUGUUGCCCUUUCUGCAGAGUCGGUAGGUGGACGCAUUUUGAGCUCCCAGCAGAACAAAAGGCUAUUUAACGAAUGGGCAGUGGCAGUGCAGGUGCUGCAGGCAGAAACAGCAAAGAAGCUUGCUGCGCUGCGUGCACAGCAUGAAGACCGUCAAGUACCGGCCAGCAAAAGCAUUGGGCUGGAAAGCAGCAACACAGAUACAGCAGCCGCCGGAAACAUGCAGGAGUGCGCAGUCUCACAAGCAACUCCACAGACAACAACGGUAGAGGCGACAAACACAGCAAAAGCGAUGGUACAAGCAGCUGAUAAAGUCGCCGUUGCGGAGCAGCUGGAACAGAAAUACCUGUCUGUCACGUCUUCCAUUCAAGCACAGACGAUCACUUCAGCGAGGUUCCUCUUGCAGUUCUGUCCAGAAGCUGAGGUGUAUGUCCAGCUAACUCUACUUCGGGAACAGCUUACUCGCGAAGUCGUUGUAGGACUCCGAAUGGCAGCAGCAGCGCCAACAGUAGCAGCACCUUCAGGAAGCCCAAUAGAAAAGAUUGUAGCAGCACCCUCUGCUGCAGAAAGAGGGGACGUGCGCACUUUGUUUCAUGCGGUGGCGGAGAAGAAACAGCUCUUGCAAAGGCUUGGAGCAACGAAGCAGCAGCCCCUGCAGCAAUGGUUGAAGGAGGCCCCUGCGCUGGAACAGUUAGCUGCUAUGGAGGACGCUCUCUGGGGAGGACGUGGGGUUAGCAGGACGAGCUGGCUAUACACAUCAGCUGCUGUGUUUGCUGCUGUUGACUGCCUCGUUACCGAAACACUGCAAGAAAUAUCAGCAGCGAUUCGGCACAAGCAAGAGAACUUCAGCGCUCUGCUGGCCCAUCAGUGUUAUCAGCAGCACGUGAACCACCAAAAUAAAAUGGUUCAGGUAGAACUGAGGGAGCAGCACCUCCGGCCACGAAGAAAUACUGCUCCGGCAGCAGCAGUAGCAGUUGCUGCUCCAACGGCCACUUGUGCUAGGACGCCCUCUCUUGAUGCUGUAGUUGGCUCAACAGCACCAGAUGGCCAAGUCUUCCAGCUGCAGCAUUCUCCGCUAUCCUACUGUACGCUUUCGGCGGGACAGCAGCAGCAACAGCAGCAACUUCAUCUGAGUGGGCAGUCCCCUUGGCAUCUUCAAUCGGGUGCAGAGCUCGCUGUACCCACAGCAGCGUCAGCAAACGCAGCACCGCCGGAAGCAGGAACAGGCACUGCUGCUCAGAAUCACCUGCUGCUGCAUAUUCCCAACAUUUGCCCAAGUCCUUCUUGGGCAGGCAAAUGUUUCUGUUGUGGAAACAGCAGGAAUUCCGUGAGCAGUAGUAGCAAGGCCAGUGGCGAAUGCAAGGCCAGUGCCAGUUGUUGCAAGAGUCAAGUAAGCAGCAAAAUGAGCAACAGCAACGGCAACAGGCAUGGCUACCUGCAACCGCAUCGUCGGUGUACUAGCCCCACGGGCAGGUGGUGCGCAGUGACCCCAGCAACGGAGACGGGGCAUGAUGGCAUCUGCUGCAGCAGCAAAAGAAACGGCUCGGUGUCAAUACCGCUGCGCUCUCCAAUGUGGCAACAGCAAGAGCUUCAGGCGCAGCAAAGCCUGCAACAGCAGCUGCUCCUGCAGGCUCAGCAACAGCAGAGGCAGUAUUCCUGGCAGCAACAGCCCGUGCAGCACUUCAACGUGUUGAUGCAACAGCAGCAGCAGCAGCAGCACGGCGUAUUGCAGCAACAGUACCCAAUCCUCCUUCACCUUCAGGAACAGCAGCAGCAUCCCCAACCACACAUGCUGCCACUGAUCCAGCAGCACCACUCAGAUAUGACACCAACCUUCCACGGCUUUGAGGCCAUGGCAUUCCCUGCCAGUGAUAUGCAGCAGCAAAAGCACCACCACCACCAACACGGCCAGCAGCUGCUACAGGCAGUGUUUCUGCCGCCGCAGCAGCAACUACAACAGCAGCAGCAACUGCAGCAGCAGCUGCUGACGCCGCAACAUUAUUAA